AUGCGGCGCACAGCAGAUUGUCUCCGUGGUUUAAAUAAAGAGACACAUUUUGAAUCAUUCAAGGAGGAUGCUGGAGUUGCCCAACUACAGCCUCCACAUCGUGCCCACAAACUGGUGCUGGCAGCUUCCAGCAUGCUUUUCAGGUCUCUCCUGGCCAGCUCAGACACGAUUUCUAUUGACACUACUGUUGUCUCCUCUGAGGAGUUCAGCUGUCUGCUGGACAUGGUCUACACAGGCAAGUUGCCCCUGGGUAAACACAAUGUUACCCGCAUUGUUGCUGCUGCAGACAACCUACAGAUGUUUGAUGUGGCUAUUGGCUUUAAAAAAGUACUGAGUUCUAUUGUGAACCCAAAGCCCUCACAUUCUGAAAGCACUUCUCAACGUUUAACUGAAGACAACAUUAAUAAGGACAGUAGUGACAUUUCUAUUGCACAAAACGAAGAUGUGCCAACGCAAAAAGAGGUGACAAAGUCAGCCAGUAAACAGAUGUCAUCCGUAAAAAAGAAGAAAGAAGAGGAGCAGGAGCACUGGGAGCCUGAAGAACCAUUGAAGAACACACAGGAGGAGGCAGCCUCAGAACAAGAUUGUGACACAGUUUUUAAAGAUUUGGGACAAUUCUCUGUACUUAGUGAACUACUGAACCAGAUGCCCAGAAUCAGAGAGCUGCUCAGCCAGAUGGCAGAGAGCAGCCUGGACCAACAGGACAGGAAGGUUGUGCUUACGUGUUGUGAAAGGGCAGAGCCUGAUAAAGUGGUGGAGAUGCUCCUGUCACAUGUAAGAAAAGGAGUUCUUAGUGAGACAGCGUUGGUCCGUCUGCUCUGGGCUCUUCAUCAAAACUCUCCUGCAACAACCACUCAACUGCAGAGCUUCCUCCAGGAGCUACGGACGGAGCCCACAGGCACCGGCCGACUCCAAGAGGGUCCCAGGGCAAAGGGCAGUGAGGCUGAGGACACAAAGGAGGACGACAACAACAACAACAACACAACUGAAGACUGCACUGAGGAAGGAGCCGAAGAGCAGCCGUCAUCCCCGUCUUCCUCCACCUCUUCCAGCAGUAAGAAGUUCACCUGCCACACCUGUAAAAGAACAUUUGACUACAAGUGCAGACUAAAAGCACACGUGAAGUGCUGCUCCAAAUCCAAGAAGAGGCCCUGGCAUCAGUGCCCUCAGUGCCCGGAGACACUGCCCUCAAACCAGGCUCUCAUGCGGCACCAGAUCCGAGUCCACAACUUUCCCGUCAAGACCAAAGUGGAAUGUGAGCUUUGUGGGCGCACCUUUGCCCACCCUUCAGGACUGAUUUAUCACAUGAGGAGCGAGCAUUUUGAAGAGAAGCCAUUUUCCUGUGAAGAAUGUGGUGCCAAGUUUGCCGCCAACUCGUCUCUGAAGAACCACAUGCGGCUGCACACGGGGGAGAAGCCCUACAGCUGCACAGAGUGUGACCAGAGCUUCACUGCGGCGGCGGGCCUGGCCUACCACGUCAAGAAGAAGCACGCACAGGGGAAGAUGUACGUUUGUCAGUACUGUAAAUCUGAAUUUGCUCAGUCCAUCGAGCUCACCCGCCACGUGAGGACGCACACCGGAGACAGGCCGUACGUGUGUCGGGAAUGUGGCAAAGGCUUCACUCAGGCCAAGGGGCUUUCGGACCAUCUGCAGUUAGCUCACAGGGAGCUACGCGACUGUCAGAAGUGCUGCCUGAGCUUCCCGUCGCUCCCGGAGUAUCAGCGGCACGUUCACGAAGCCCACCCCGGCGACUUUCACCAGUGUCCCGAGUGUGGGAGAGUGUUUGCCUCGCUGAGUCUGUUGAACAAGCACAAAGCCACACAUGCCGGGAGCAAACUGUUCACCUGCGAUCUGUGCAACAAGUCCUACCAGCAGCUCUCCGGCCUGUGGUACCACAACCGCACCACACACUCCGACGUGUUCAGCAACCACUCUCGACAGCUCAAAGCCCUGAUGCAGUGUGACCUCUGCUUCAAGUUCUUCCCGAGCAGCGAAAGCCUGGCUCAGCACCAGGCCAUAGAUCACCAAGGCUCCGCGGGCUCCUCAGGCUCCGCCCUCAGGUGCUCCUUCUGCCUAGCGCUGUUUUCGGGACCGGACUGGCUGCAGGAGCACAUCCAGACUCACCAUGUCUCUGAGCUGCAGGAUCACAGGCUCCGAGAGCAUCAAGCCCCGAUGGAGGUGGUGGCUGAGGCAGACGCUCUCCCGGAGGCUGCAGACACUCUCCCGGAGGCUGCAGACACUCUCCCGGAGGCUGCAGACACUCUCCCGGAGGCUGCAGACACUCUCCCGGAGGCGGCGCCCAGCGCAGCAGACCUGGUGCUGAGUCAAAGCCAGUCACACCUGGAGAACGCGCAGCAGGUGUUUGUGGCGCUGGCAGACGGACAGGAAGGCGCCCAAGUGGUGGAAGUGAGUAUGUUUGACCUGCUCAACAACUCCGUCACCUUCGUCUGUGAAGAGGGUGGAGCAGGCAGCAGCUCCUAA